AUGAGUAAGCAGUUUGAUCCCAAGUGGAAAGUCCCAAAUAGAUUUCAGGAGGUGAAAUGGACUCCGGAAGCUGAUAUUUCCUUUAUAGGUGGGAUUUCCGUAUCCGGUGGACCUCUACUUGAAGCACUUCUAAUUAGUUCCAAUCAAGAGUUAUAUAUAUGCACAGUCGAGCAGAGGGAUGAAUUCAGUGAAAUAUUUCGACAGAACAGUAUCUUGAACACCGACAAUGAUACCGUUAAUCAGAUUUUAACACAGUUAACUGCUUUAGAAGGGAAAAUCGGUUCUGACGAGACAUCUGAUACGUUGGUAAUGUUUCAGCUAUCUGAAAAUAAGGAAAUGCUAACAAUACAGCAUGGCGAUUUUAAACUAACAUUUCCGAUGGUAAUUGUUGAUCAAAUAGAAUCACAAAUUCUCAUAAUGAAGCAAUUGCUGAAACGAUUUAUAAACUUUAGCUACCUACAGUCGGCAAUUCUUUCAAAGGAUGACGCGGAGAUUAGGAACAAAAAUCGAAUAAUCAUUCGACUUCUAGUUAAUCAUAUACAAAAUACCUCUUUAACAUCAGGAUUGGGAUCCAAUACAGGAAAUCUUACGGAUCAGCAAAUAUAUAACCAUGAAGCCGUACAAUCUCUUUUUCUCUCCGGUAGUAGUUUGCGAUCAUCAUUGGAAAGUACACCCGGAUCCUUAAGAAGCGAAGCGAAGAAGGAAUAUCGAAACAUUCAGCCGUCUGUGAAGUUAUCAUCCUUAUUUAUCCCCAAAUUCAACGAACAAUGGAACACAAUAGCGCCACAAAUGUCACGAAGAACAGAAAAAAGUAAACACGAUCAAAGUACAAAAUUUAACCGUCACCAAGAAGAGACAGAACUUAAAAGACGUGGUGAUGACUCGAUUAUUAAUCCGGCCAAAUAUAAACGAUUUAGGUAUCUUUUGGGGCGUAAGAAAAGGAAUGAAAGUUAA